GGAGUUGUUGCAGUAGGAGGAGAGGGAGAAGGCGGGACGAAGGGGGAGAGGGGUACGAAGCCAUGGGAGCUGCCUGAAAGAGUCCUGGUUGCGGACGGAGGGGUCGGUAGGGGAAAGAGCCGCCUGAAAUAAGAUGGGGAUUCUCCCGGGAGUCUCGCUGUUGUUUUGCUACUGCUUGGCGUCUUCUUGGGGUUCUCCUUUAUUGCUUUUUGCCAACCGAAGGGAUGUCCGAUUGGUCGAUGCUGGUGGAACAAAACUGGAGUCUGUUGUUGUGGUGAGCGGCUUGGAAGAUGCAGCUGCUGUUGACUUUCUCUAUUCACAAGGUGUCAUUUACUGGACGGAUGUAAGCGAAGAGUCUAUUAAACAAACAUUGUAUAACCAGAGUUCUAACUUACAAACUGUAGUUAUCUCUGGCUUGGUGUCCCCUGAUGGCCUUGCUUGUGACUGGAUUGGCAAGAAGCUUUAUUGGACAGACUCUGAAACCAACCGGAUAGAAGUUGGAAACCUCAAUGGAACAUACAGAAAAGUCCUCUUCUGGCAAGAUCUGGAUCAGCCAAGGGCAAUUGCUCUUGAUCCUGCUCAUGGAUAUAUGUACUGGACAGAUUGGGGCGACACCCCACGGAUAGAAAGAGCUGGUAUGGAUGGCAGCAUGCGCAAAGUCAUAGUAGACACAGAUAUUUAUUGGCCCAAUGGACUAACAAUUGAUUUAGAUGAGCAAAAGCUUUACUGGGCAGAUGCAAAACUGAGUUUUAUUCAUAGAGCUAAUUUGGAUGGGUCAUUUAGACAAAAGGUAGUUGAAGGAAGCCUCACACAUCCAUUUGCUCUGACGCUGGCCGGAGACACCUUGUAUUGGACUGACUGGCAGACAAGAUCAAUUCAUGCCUGCAACAAACGCACAGGGGAGAAAAGGCGAGAAAUUCUCAGUUCCCUCUACUCUCCUAUGGACAUUCAAGUGUUUAGUAAAGAAAGGCAGCCGUACUUCCCCACCCCAUGUGAUGAAUCAAAUGGUGGCUGUUCUCACCUUUGUCUUUUGUCCCCAAGAGAGCCCUUUUAUAGCUGUACAUGUCCUACAGGAGUUCAACUGACACAGGAUGGCAAAACUUGCAAAACAGGAGCUGAUGAUGUCCUACUGCUCGCACGAAGGACUGACCUUCGGAGGAUCUCAUUAGACAUGCCAGAUUUCACAGACAUUGUCCUGCAAAUUGAUGACAUCAGGCAUGCAAUUGCCAUCGAUUAUGACCCGGUCGAAGGAUAUAUUUAUUGGACAGAUGAUGAAGUUAAGGCUAUCCGCCGUGCAUAUCUGGAUGGAUCAGGAGCCCAAACCCUUGUUACAACUGAAGUACAGCACCCUGAUGGCAUAGCAGUUGACUGGGUAGCUCGUAAUCUUUACUGGACUGACACAGGAACAGAUCGUAUAGAAGUUACUCGGCUAAAUGGCACAUCAAGGAAAAUUUUAAUAUCUGAAAACCUGGAUGAACCAAGAGCUAUUGUUUUACACCCCCUGACCGGGUACAUGUAUUGGACAGACUGGGGUGAAAAUCCAAAAAUUGAGUCUGCUUAUCUGGAUGGGUCAGAAAGGAUGGUUCUUGUAAAUUCAUCAUUGGGGUGGCCCAAUGGAUUAGCACUGGACCUUCAAGAUGGCAAACUUUACUGGGGAGAUGCUAAGACGGAUAAAAUUGAGGUUAUCAACGUUGAUGGAAGCAAUCGGAAAACUCUCUUGGAAGACAAACUUCCACAUAUAUUUGGCUUUACGUUGCUGGGAGAUUACAUCUAUUGGACAGACUGGCAGAGACGAAGCAUUGAGAGAGUUCACAAAGUCAGAGCAAGUAGAGAAAUUAUUAUUGACCAACUCCCAGAUCUAAUGGGUCUAAAAGCAGCAAGUGUCUCAAAUACAUUUGGUACCAAUCCCUGCGCUGACAAUAAUGGAGGCUGCAGCCACUUAUGCUUCUUUUCUCCCCGGGGAGUACGAUGUUCCUGCCCCAUAGGACUGGAGUUACUUAGCGACAUGAGGACUUGCAUUAUUCCUGAAGCUUUCUUGGUUUUUACCAGCAGAGCAACUAUCCAUAGGAUUUCCUUGGAAACAAACAACAAUGAUGUGGCCAUUCCUCUCACAGGAGUCAAAGAGGCAUCUGCUCUUGAUUUUGACGUAUCUGAUAACAGAUUGUACUGGACUGAUAUCACCUUGAAGACAAUAAGUAGGGCAUUUAUGAAUGGAAGCUCCGUAGAACAUGUUAUUGAGUUUGGCCUGGAUUACCCAGAAGGUAUGGCAGUUGAUUGGAUGGGCAAAAACCUUUAUUGGUCAGAUACUGGAACUAAUCGUAUUGAAGUUUCACGUCUGGAUGGUCUGUAUCGUCAGGUUUUGGUCUGGAAAGAUUUAGAUAACCCUAGAUCCCUGGCUUUGGAUCCAGCAAAAGGCUACAUGUACUGGACAGAAUGGGGAGGAAAACCAAGAAUAGUAAGAGCCUACAUGGAUGGGACCAACAGCAUCAUUUUGGUUGAUAAAGUGGGUCGAGCCAAUGACUUAACCAUUGACUACGCCGAUCAAAGACUGUAUUGGACUGACCUGGAUACAAACAUGAUUGAAUCUUCAAACAUGCUAGGAGCGGAACGAGUGAUUAUUGCAGAUGACCUUCCUCAUCCCUUUGGACUAACGCAAUACAGCGACUAUAUCUAUUGGACAGACUGGAAUCUCCACAGCAUAGAAAGAGCAGACAAGUUAAAUGGCAACAACCGCACUUUGAUACAAGAUCACUUAGAUUUUGUGAUGGAUAUCUUGGUCUUUCACUCUUCCAGGCAGGAUGGUUUAAAUGACUGCAUGCAGAAUAAUGGGCACUGCAGUCAGCUCUGCUUGGCUGUGCCAAAGGGAUACAAGUGUAGCUGCUCCUCUCACUAUACACUUGACUCAAACAACAGGAAUUGCAGCCCACCCUCCAACUUUCUAUUAUUCAGUCAGAAAACUGCCAUUAAUCGAAUGCUAUUAGAUGAGCAGCAAAGUCCAGAUAUAACUCUUCCAAUCCAUGGGCUGAGAAAUGUCAAAGCGGUUAGUUAUGACCCUCUGGAUAAACUUAUCUAUUGGGUGGACGGAAGGCAGAACAUCAUCAAAAGAGCAAAGGAUGAUGGGACACAGCCGUUUGUGGUGGUCUCUACUCCAAAUCAAAGUCAAACUCCAGAAAAACAACCUCAUGACUUGAGUAUUGACAUAUACAGCCACACUUUGUACUGGACUUGUGAAGGCACAAACACCAUCAAUGCCAAUAAGCUUAAUGGAGAGUCUAUUGGAGUUGUCCUUCGAGGAGACCAUGACAAGCCUAGAGCCAUAGCUGUGAAUGCAGAGCGAGGGUACUUGUAUUUUACUAACAUGCAAGAGCGGUCCCCAAAGAUCGAGAGGGCAGCCUUCGAUGGGACGGAGCGAGAAGUGCUGUUUUCUACAGGUCUCAUACGGCCAGUUGCUUUAGUUGUUGACAACAAACUGGGCAAACUUUUCUGGGUUGAUGCCGACUUGAAAAGAAUUGAAAGCAGUGAUCUAUCUGGAGCCAAUCGUGUAACGUUAGAGGACUCCAAUAUCCUUCAGCCGAUGGGGCUUACCAUUCUUGGGGAUCACCUGUACUGGAUCGAUAAGCAGCAGCAGAUGAUUGAGAGGGUGGAGAAAACAAAUGGCAUCAGAAGAACGAAGAUUCAAGGUCGCAUUGCUCACCCCACUGGUAUUCAUGCCGUGGAGAGUGUCGACAUGAAUGAGUUCUCUGCUCACCCGUGUUCUCGUAACAAUGGAGGCUGCUCUCACAUCUGCAUUACCAAAGGAGAUGGUACCCCUAGAUGUUCUUGUCCUGUCCAUCUGGUCUUACUUCAGAACCUUCUAACAUGUGGAGAGCCGCCCACUUGCUCCCCAGAGCAGUUCACAUGUGCAACAGGGGACAUUGACUGCAUUCCUAUGGCCUGGCGUUGUGAUGGCUUUUCAGAGUGCGAUGACAAUAGUGAUGAAGAAAACUGCCCCGUUUGUUCAAGCAACCAAUUCCAAUGUGAGAAGGGACAGUGCAUUGAUGCCCGUCAGAAAUGCAAUGGGGAGAUUGAUUGCCAGGAUAAGUCAGAUGAAUUGGACUGUGACUCUAUCUGUCUUCCUGAUCAGUUCCGCUGUGCCAAUGGUCAGUGUAUAAUGAUGAGUCAGCAGUGCGACACCUUCCCCGACUGCAGCGAUAGCUCCGAUGAGCUUAUUUGUGACAAGCCCCCUUCGGAGAAGACCCCAUCUCACAGCAGUGCCAUUGGACCAGUUAUUGGCAUUAUUCUGUCUGUCUUUGUCAUGGGCGGCCUGUAUUUUGUGUGCCAGCGAGUGGUCUGUCACAGGUAUACGGGGCCAAAUGGACCCUUUCCUCACGAGUAUAUAAGUGGAACUCCACAUGUCCCUCUCAAUUUUAUAACAACAAGAAGCUCUCAGCCUAACACUUAUACUGGCAUUUCCUAUGGCAAGCCAAUGAUUGGCUCAAUGAGCAUCAUGGGAGGCAGUAGCGGAGCGCCACUUUAUGACAGGAACCAUGUAACGGGAGCCUCCUCUAGCAGCUCUUCCAGCACUAAGGCCACAUUGUACCCUCAGAUAUUGAAUCCACCUCCAUCACCAGCGACAGAUCGCUCCUUAUACAACACAGAAGUUUUUUACUCCUCAAACAGUCCAUCUACCACUAGAUCCUACAGACCUUACCUUAUACGAGGGAUUGCUCCUCCAACGACACCCUGCAGUACUGAUGUCUGUGACAGUGAUUACACCACAAGCAGAUGGAAAGCUAAUAAAUACUAUAUGGAUCUAAAUUCGGACUCGGAUCCCUACCCUCCACCACCCACGCCACGUAGUCAGUAUAUGUCAGCUGAGGAAAGCUGCCCCCCUUCCCCCACCACAGAGCGGAGCUACUUCCACCUCUACCCCCCGCCGCCCUCUCCAUGCACAGACUCUUCAUGACCCAGCAAAAAUGGAACUUGUGUCCUUCCAGUGUAAAUAAUUUUAAAUAAGAACAAAUAUAUAAAUAUAUAUAAAUAUAUAUAUAUAUUUUAAUGAUUUUAAAGAUAAAUUGGAUCUUUUUUUAUAAAAGAGAAAAUAAUGGAAAAAAAUGUGAAUACAACGGGUUUGGGAUGGGACUGUGAAAUUGUACAGUGAAAAAUAUUUAUAUUUUGCUUUUCUUUUAAUUUAAAUACCACAUGCCAUGUUUCUAAUGGCAACUGAAAUGUUAAGUUUGUAUUUAGGGCAGACAAACAUCUCUGGACCCUGUUCAGAAUUAAUGAUAAGCUGUGAGGUUCAUGUCUUAGCUCUUUUAUUGUAUUUGUUCAAGUGCCACGAGUUCUGUUUGGUGGUUUUAGGUCAUGGGGUCACAAUGUGGCAUGGAAUAGCCAUGGCACAGAUAUGGAAGUAACAUGGCUAUAAUUCUAAUGCCUUAUGGGGCUCACAAGCCUUUCAUGUCUAUUAUGCACUAAAUAUAUUUUUAAUUGAAUACAUUGGAAAUUCAUUUUUACUUCAAUAUUUAACGAAGCUGCCAAACAUCAGGUUAGAAAACUCAGAUGUUAUUACUGUAACAUCCCUUUUUAGUUGGGGAGAGGAGAGAAAAAGGUCAGGGGCCACAUUUAAUGUGGGAAAUAGCUAAGGGCCACAACAUCGGGGAAAGGGCUUCAUGCAUCCCCAGAACAGUAGUUUGGCUUGCCUGGUUUGGAAGCCAAUAUUUGCACCAAGCCAUGUCAUAUUGUAUGUAAACAGUAAGAUGUGUCCAAACAUCCAAUGAGAUUGCCAGUAUCCAUGUGCCUGUUUAAAGGUGCUUUCUGCUCUGCCUUCUUCCCAGCAGCCUGUGUGAACGAUACAAUAAAUGUGCACAUGUUUUUAAUGCAUGUUAAUAUCAUGAAUGGGUUUGGAAAAAUAAGCCUGCUUUCUCCCCUUAUCAGAAUAUGAAGUAACUCAGUGUCUGCAAAAUGCACCAUAAAGUUAUAUUCUCUUUUA